UUUAAUAGUGCAGUCAUGAAGGCAGCUGCAAUGACGGUGUGGAUUUUCAUAAAUUUACUUUGUUUUGGAAUGUGUGGUUAUCUAUAUUUGAUCUGGUCACAAUACUGGAUGAGCAUAGAGAGACAGCGACUGUUUACGGAAUCACAAGACAAAUCGCACAGGAGAAGCAGCGCUUUUAACUACCAAGAGAAGUAUACUGACAAACAUGACGAUCAAUUACUGAAUACGACGUAUUCUGUUCAAAAACACCGAAGAUCGGUGGUGGCUCUUAAAACAAACAUGUUUCAGAUAUUCAAUAAAUCAAACAGAUCUGACCCGCCGACCAACAAGAUUAUAAAAAGUCGCGGAAGCCCGAGAUUCCCUAACUUACACAAGCCGAUAUUAGAAUUCGACAGUGAAAAGUAUGAAUGUCAAGAUAUAUUAACAACAGAAUGUCAGAUACAAACGAAAGAAUUCAAAGAGUUAAUGAUAAAAGAGUUUCAUCGAAUGCUGAUGAGCGAUGCCAAAGUGUUUGUUUCGGGACUCGAUUCACAGAAUCCUUACGAUGUUAAAUACGAAAGGAAGUCCAUGCAAAAUAUUGAAGAAAUAAUGUGUGCGUUGAAAAGUGUGGCAUUUAGAACUGUGACUGCUAACGAUGAACCCUUUCUCAGCUUAGGAUAUCGGAUCCCGAAGGAGCCGUUGUUAGGAGAGCGUGUGUUUGAUACGUGUGCUGUCGUCACAAGUGCUGGAGCGUUAUUGGGAUCACGAUUUGGUAAUUUUAUAGAUUCUCAUGAAAUGGUUCUCCGCUUCAAUAAUGCUCCCACUGAGAACUAUACUGAAGAUGUUGGUUCAAAAACUACAAUAAGAGUUCUUAAUUCACAGGUCGUCGCUAAGCGAGAAUAUAAAUUUUUAGACGACCCAAUAUACAAGAACAUUUCGAUUUUAAUUUGGGAUCCUUCAAAUCAUUCGUCCACUCUUGAAGACUGGUAUUACAAUCCAGACUUUCAACUAUUUCCAGUCUAUAAGAGACUACUAAAAGAACGACCGACAGCAGAUGUACAUUUGUUAAACCCUAAAGUGUUAUGGGAACUUUGGACAGUUUUACAGGAUUCGUCUCCUUAUAGAUUAAGAAGAAAUCCAUCUUCCUCUGGAUUUUUAGGGCUAUGGUUUUCAUUACAACGAUGCAACAAGGUACGCGUGUUCGAGUACGUGCCCUCAGUUCGUGUUACUCGUCGCUGUCACUACUACAUCCCCGCAAGUGACCCGAGCUGCACUCUAGGAGCGUGGCAUCCUCUCGCCCAAGAGAAGCUACUGGCCGAACGCAUGCGUCAAAACUCUGACAUUGACGUAUUCCAAAGAGGUUUCAUUGAUAUAAAUGGAUUUAAUACUUUACGCUGUUAAAGUAGCUUAGAGCUGGUGUACUAGGGGGCUUAAAUAAAAAGUUCCCUUUAUCGUUAAGUUUUCAAAGCUGUGUUCAGUUCACUGACCUGUAUAAAUACCACUGGAUAGGCUGUUCCAUAUGUUUGACAGCUAAUUUUUGUGCCUAUUUGAAGCGCCACUCGCGAGCGUCCAGAGAAAUAAUUUUGACGUAUAAUACAAAUGGCUUCGAAGGAACGUACAAUACUCUGAAGUAUUUUUGCAAUUUGAAUUAAUUUCGUUCGUUUUCCCGUGUUAUUUAUACUUUAAGAAUCAACGUAAUAAAGUGCACAUUUUUUUUGUAAAUAGUUUCCCACCGUCUAUCGAGCCAACAGCGCCAAAAUGGCGAAUACGAAACAGGCACAAAAGCACUUUGACAGCCGUCAGUCCAGUGGUAUAUAGUAGAGGUCAGUGGUUCAGUUGCUUUAGUGUCUGAAUUUGCUUUACAUUGAUAAUAAUAAAGAUAUUAAAUAUACUAAGAGAUACUAUAUACUUUGAAGUAACAUUUUGUAGUUAGUUGUACGUACAAAUAAGUCCAGGAAACUCUUAAGUAAAACGUACUAAGCGCUCUUGUUUUGUAUUUGGAGACAACAAACAACAACAAUUUGGUGAAAAUCAUUUUUGUUACGCUAUCGGGUAAAUCACUUGUACUUCAUUAUUAUUUUAAAAUAUCCCAGUUUUCUGUAAUAACUAAGAAAUUACAUCAAUAAAAUAAAACGCACAAAUAUGAAUACCUACAUAGACACUAAAUAUAACACUGACAAUACGUCGCGAUAGCCGCAGUAUAACCUUACAUUGCCAACAUUAUGGCGGGCACUUGUCUUCGUCCGAAAAUCUCGCAUUCAGUCCCAACGGAUUAUAUAUUAGUUUAGUUAUCAUAAUGCUUAUAUUUAAGAUUAUAUUAUUAGCAAUAAUUAACGAGAUGUUUAAUACCAGGACAUUUAGAUUGAAGACAAUCUUAGAAAAUCGUUAGUGGAAACAAACUUAACACCUUUUAAAAAUAUAACACAAUUCUGCCCACUUUCCUACUUGAUAGAUUGAUUGGAGCUGUAGGCGUUCCUUCUUAGGACACGAAUAGAACGAGGAUCCUAUUACAGUGAUAUUUACCUGAUGUGGUACCUAUUUUUAGUGACUGAAGCCCUGAUCAAGAUGUUUAAAAAUGAAGCAACUGAGAUUGACAACAAUAACGACCGAUAAAUCCGAUGCAUUUAAUGAGUGAGUAAGAGGAUAGAAUGAGAUAUCUGUUACUAACUACAAACCACUAGCUAUAACUUCAGUUGCUCCUUGCGUUUGAAUAAAUCUUCGUAAAUAUUUCGUUCAUUAUUGCUAAUAAUGUUCAAAACUAGUAGUGUAAUAUAAUGUAGUGAUGGGGUAUAUGCAUAAUAUGACUUAAAUAAGUGUCAAUAUUUUGUUAAAUCAAAUUUUGGGAAGCUGAAAUAUUUAAAAAGCGACGCUUUUAGAUCAGAGCGAAUUUGAAAAAAAGGAAUCGCGACAAAAUAAUGUUAAUUUUCGUACGAGUACAACCCUCGCCGCUUGUUUGUUUUUAUAUGGAUUAAGACGUCAUUGUUCGAUGGUUCGCGCUCACUAAGCGGGUUAAAGUGACAGAUGUUGUUUAAAGUACCUGCGUCGGUUAUCAAUUCUUUUGAAUUGAGUUACUUUUUCGGCGUAUAAUAUUUUUUAUUAGUAUAUUAUCGAAUAAAAAUAUAAAAUAUAUGCAUAUUCCCUAUUCUGUUAUGAUUGGAAAGUACCAUUUAUAUGACUGAUACCUGAACAAUAAUAAACAACAAAUACUUCAGAAAUGGAAUUGAUCUUAUUAUAUAAAACUGUAAGACCAUCUCAAGACUUAUUUACUUUGCAAUAUAAUACUUAGAUAAGAAUGUAGCAUUAGAUAUAUUAUUGUAUGUUAGAUGUAAAAGCAAGGCUUCCCUCAUUUAUUUGUUAAGAACAUAAUAAUAUUGUCAUAUUCAUGUCUUCCAUUUUUUAAUAAGUGUAUAAAUUAGGUAUUAUUAUAAAGAUGUAAAUAUAUAUAGAUGUACAUAAUAUCUAUACACAAUCAAAACGUAAGUGAUUACGACAAUGAGAACAAUGAUAUUAGCAUGUAGUACCUAACCGUUUUAAAAUACAGGUUUCAAGGAUGCGUGUUGGUAGCAUGGAGUACCUAACCGUUUUAAAAUGCAGAUUUCAAGGUUGCAUGUUGGUAGCGUGGAGUACCUAACCGUUUUAAAAUGCAGGUUUCAAGGUUGCAUGUUGGUAGCGUGGGGUACCUAACCGUUUUAAAAUGCAGGUUUCAAGUAUGCAUGUUGUUAGGAUGCAGUACCUAACCGUUUUAAAAUGCAGGUUUCAAGGAUGCAUGUUGGUAGCAUGGAGUACCUAGCCGUUUUAAAAUGCGGGUUCAAGGUUGCAUGUUGGUAGCAUGUAGUACCUGACCGUUUUAAAAUGCAGGUUUCAAGGUUGCAUGUUGGUAGCAUGGAGAACCUAAUCGUUUUAAAAUGCAGGUUUCAAGGAUGCAUGUUGGUAGCAUGGAGUACCUAACCGUGUUAAAAUGCAGGUUUCAAGGUUGCAUGUUGGUAGCAUGGAGUAACUGACCGUGUUAAAAUGCAGGUUUCAAGAAUGCAUGUUGGUAGCAUGGAGUACCUAACCGUGUUAACAUGCAGGUUUCAAGGUUGCAUGUUGGUAGCAUGGAGUACCUAACCGUUUUAAAAUACAGGUUUCAAGGACGCGUGUUGGUAGCAUGGAGUACCUAACCGUUUUAAAAUGCAGGUUUCAAGGUUGCAUGUUGGUAGCGUGGAGUACCUAACCGUUUUAAAAUGCAGGUUUCAAGGUUGCAUGUUGGUAGCGUGGAGUACCUAACCGUUUUAAAAUGCAGGUUUCAAGUAUGCAUGUUGUUAGGAUGCAGUACCUAACCGUUUUAAAAUGCAGGUUUCAAGGUUGCAUGUUGGUAGCAUGGAGUACC